AUGCCGAACCUGCGAGUGUGCGGUAGCCCCAUCACUCUGUCGCCGGAGAUGAGCUACCUAGGGAUGACUAUCGACAAGUCGAUGCUGUUUAAAACGCAAUUCCGGAACGCCUCAGCGAAGGCCGAGAGAAUCACUACAAAGUUGGCCAGGAUCUUGCCCAACGUUGGUGGUCCGCGCGAAGACAGGCGUCAUCUGUCAUCUGUAAUGCACUCGGUGCUGCUUUACGGUACGCCAAGCUGGGCCUGCACCCUGGACCUCAUUCCUGCGAACGUCAGCCAGCUGAACAGACCGCAGCGUAAGGUCCUGAUAAGAUCCAUCUGCGGUUAUCGGACUAUUUCGGAAGCAGCAUCCAACGUCAUCAGAUCUACACCACCGGCUGACCUUCUCCCUAGGGAACGCGAGGCGCAAUUUGAAAAAAGACGAUUUGGACGACACGGUCAAGAGGGUAUAGAACCAAAGAAGCGGACCCUCAGCGCAUGGCAGGAAAGAUGGGACAGCGGAUCAUCGGGGCAAUGGACGAGAAGGCUAAUCCCCAAUGUGACGCAGUGA